AUGUCCAGGAAGAGCACGGAGACUGUGCCACCCAGGCGGUCCAGGGUGAAUGGCUGGUCGCAGCCCAUCCACUGCUUUCAGGUCGUGGUCUGGAUCGUGUUCCUGAUCCUGACCUUCACCACCUUUGGCAUCUUCAUUCCCUUCCUGCCACCCGAGUGGAGAUACAUUGCCUACAGUGUGACCGGCGGGAUUUGGCUCUUCUACAUCUUGGCCCACCUGGUGGUGGUUUCCAUCGACCCGGCCGAAGCCAGUGUCCGCCUCAAGAGCUACUCACGCUCUGUGCCGACCUUCGACCGGUCCAAACACGCACAUGUCAUCGAGAGGCAGUAUUGUUACCUGUGCAAGGUCACUGUGAAUGUGAAAUCCAAGCAUUGUAUCGCCUGUAACAAGUGUGUCUCAGGCUUCGACCAUCACUGCAAAUGGCUUAACAACUGCGUGGGGAGCAGGAAUUACUGGUACUUCUUCGCCUCAGUGGCCUCAGCGUCGGCCGGACUGCUGUGUGUGGUCGCCAUGUUGCUGUAUGUCUUCACCCAGUACUUCAUCAACCCCGCCAGGCUGCGCACCGACCCACACUACGGGAGUGUCUCCGACCAGAACACGUGGCUACUGCUCCUUCCGCUCUUGCCCGUGAGGACGGGCACCCCGGUCUUCCUGGGCAUCGUGGUGCUGGUGCUGCCGCUUGAGCUCAUCAGCCUCCUGCUGGUUGGUCAGCUGCUCUUGUUCCACCUCUACUUGAGGGCCAAGAAGCUGAGCACAUAUGAUUACCUAAAGCGAGACAAAGAAGAACAGAGCUCGGAGCCCCCGGCAGUGCAGAGAGGUGUGACCCCUAAAGGAAAAGAGUUGUCGCAGCUGCUCAUCAAAAUUAACACCCACUCUUCAAAGGCCACCAUGAAGAAAAUGAAAAUAAAAGCCACAGACACAAAUGAGUAUUUGCAGAUCAUAGACUUGUACCCAGAAAAUGUGUAG